CUUCGACACCAACAAGCACAUCCGAUUCCCCUCCAGCCUCCACUGUGCUCCUCGUGUCCGCCGUUCUGAUCUCCAUUAUACCACCUCGGAAUCCCACGGACACCGCGCGCCCCACAUAACCCCAUGACCCGGAUCCCUCCCCGCCACCCAUGGACGCUCCUCCCCUCCGCCUCCGCCUCGCCGUCGCCUUCUUGUCGCUCCUUCUAACGGUUUCUGCGUCGGCGGCGGCGGCGAGCGGUGGUGGUGGUGGUUUCAAUGUUAGCUUUGAUUCGGCGGCGCUGGCCUUCUCCGACCUGACGCUGCUGGGGGACUCGUUCCUGCGGAAUGGCUCCGUCGGCCUGACGCGCGACACCGCCGUGCCGUCGUCCUCCGCCGGCAGCGUGCUCUGCAGCCGCGCCGUCGCGUUCGGCGGUGGCGGAGGAUCGGCGGCGUCGUUCGCGGCGAGGUUCUCCUUCGUCAUCGCCGAGCAGAACGCCGGAUCCACCGGCGGCGACGGCAUCGCCUUCUUCAUCUCCCCCGACCACGCCACGCUCGGCGCCACCGGCGGCUACCUCGGCCUCUUCAACUCCUCCUCCUCGGCCGCCAAGACCAACGCCUCUAUUGUCGCCGUUGAGUUUGAUACGAUGUUGAACGACGAGUUCGGCGACCCGAGCGACAACCACGUCGGGCUUGACCUCGGCUUGCCGGUGUCGGUCAACGCCGUCGACCUCGCCGCGUUCGGCGUCGUCCUCAACAGCGGCAACCUCACCACGGCGUGGAUCGACUACCACGGCGCCGACCACCUCCUCCAGGUGUCCCUCAGCUACUCCGCCGCCAAGCCGGCGAAGCCCGUCCUCUCCGUGGCCGUCGACCUCUCGCCGUAUCUCAGGGACGCCAUGUACGUCGGCUUCUCGGCCUCCACGGAGGGGAGCACGCAGCAGCACACCAUCAAGGAAUGGACCUUCCAGACGUUCGGCUUCCCGUCGGCGACCAACUCCUCUUCCUUUUCGAACACCACCGGCAACGCGUCGGCGCAGACUGUCCCCGGCGAGGCGGCCGCGGGCGGCGCCGCCUCUCGCAAGAAGAGGUUCGGGCUCGCCCUCGGCAUCCUCGGCCCCGUCGCGCUUGCCGUCUCCUUCGUCUUCUUCGCCUGGGUGUCCAUCAGGAAGCUGAUAGAGCUCACCUCCCGGAAGAACGCCGGCUUCUUGCCCGAGCUGGUGAAGGGGCCGAGGAAGUUCAGCUACAAGGAGCUCAGCGCCGCCACCAGGGGAUUCCACGCGAGCAGGGUCAUCGGCAAAGGCGCGUUCGGGACGGUGUACAAGGCGGCUAUGCCGGGGACGGCCACCGCAUCCGCCGUCUCCUACGCCGUCAAGCGAUCCACGCAGGCGCACCAGAGCCGGAACGAGUUCGUCGCCGAGCUCUCCGUUAUCGCCUGCCUCCGCCACAAGAACCUGGUCCAGCUCGAGGGAUGGUGCGACGACAAGGGCGAGCUGCUGCUGGUGUACGAGUACAUGCCCAACGGCAGCCUGGACAAGGCGCUCUACGGCGAGCCCUGCACGCUGUCGUGGCCGGAGCGGUACACGGUGGCGUCCGGCAUCGCGUCGGUGCUGUCCUACCUCCACCAGGAGUGCGAGCAGCGGGUGAUCCACCGGGACAUCAAGACCAGCAACAUCCUGCUCGACGGCAACCUCAGCCCGCGCCUCGGCGACUUCGGCCUCGCCCGCCUCAUGGACCACAACAAGAGCCCCGUCUCCACCCUCACCGCCGGCACCAUGGGCUACCUCGCGCCGGAGUACCUCCAGUCGGGCAAGGCCACCGAGCAGACCGACGUGUUCAGCUACGGCGUCGUGGUGCUCGAGGUGUGCUGCGGCCGCCGCCCCAUCGACAAGGACGACGGCGGGGGAAAGAACGUCAACCUCGUCGACUGGGUGUGGCGCCUGCACGGCGAAGACCGCCUCAUCGACGCCGCCGACCCGCGCCUCGCCGGCGGGUUCUACCGCGACGAGAUGCUCCGGCUGCUGCUCGUCGGGCUGAGCUGCGCGAACCCCAACUGCGACGAGCGCCCGGCGAUGCGUCGCGUGGUGCAGAUCCUGAACCGCGAGGCAGAGCCGGUGCCCGUGCCGCGGAAGAAGCCGCUGCUCGUGUUCAGCUCCAGCGCGUCGAUCAAGCUGCAGGAGAUCGCCUUUGCCUGCGGCGACGACGUCCGCGGCGGCCUUCCGGCGGCGGCCACGUCGCCGAGGUCUGAGGGCGGCGACAUUGAACGCUAGCUGCUGACACUGAUCACUGAAGCAGAGUAAAGGAUAAUACUGAGUAUGAAUUACUAAUACUAGUGUGAUUCUUAUACACGAUUGAUGGAUUGUAUUUGUGAUGUGCUCCUAAGGGGAAUAUAAGUAAUAAUCCCCGCUGUUGUACGAGUUUUGAAAUACUUAUACAUCUACCACUACCAAGGUGUGUUUCAGCACGUUGUUCAGACAUCUUGUGUGAAAUAUAUUGUUAGAGACCCACUUCACUUA